AAAUUAGCUUUCUGCAACCGCUGAAAGACGACGGAUUGGACCCAUAAAAAGAGUUUUGAGUCGGACAGGUAAAGCUCCUGUCUUUCACGUGGGUUUCGUCAAUUAGGAUAUGGUAUUGCUUGUAUCAGCAUGGAGAUUUCAGUUCUUUCUGGAAGUUCUUCUUGGAUAAGCCAAAGGGAAUGAUAUGGGGGCUCCAGUGGAUAAACAUGUGUCGUUUUGUCAUCAAAUGCGGAGAAGAAGUCUUUCUGCGUCUCCAUGGCUUCUGGGUCUGAAACUUGGAUCUGUUACAAAUAGUUACCAAGUAAUUUGAUUUUUGAUGAUAGGAUUACCCACUAAAAAUUAAUUCAUGUGGUUUACUAUGAGGUUUCAUUUUGUCUUUUCUUUUAAUUUAAGGAAAAUAGACAGACAGACAGCAGGUGUCGUUGAACAAGAGGAGAAUUGCAACCUAAUUAAUCCUUUCUGAUAAAGAUUUCCAAGGAAUUAGAUUGUACGACAACCAGUCAAACAUGAGGUAACAAAUGAUUUCUCCAAGCCAGGUUUCAUUUUGCUGAUGGAACUCUCUGAUGAGGGGAAAAAAAAAACAUUUUGUUAUAAAUUUAUUUGCCUUUAUCCAAAUUACCGAUAGACAAUAAAGAAAAUACCCAAAUCAAAAGGUCCAAACUCCAAGGCCAGCCAAAUCAAGAAAAAAGUCUCUCUUUCUUCACCCUUUAUUUUCUCUUCUCAAAAAACUCCCUCUAAAAACUUCCACUCUCCUUCUCCUUCUCCAUAGCUCUCUUCUUCAAAAUGGAAGAUUGCACACUAAAUUCACUUGUUUCUCCUUACAACCUUCUCUUCAAAGCUCUUUCUUUAAUACCCAUUACUCACUAUCUUCUCUUCUUUCUCUUCACACUCCUAAUCUUCCUCUACUACUUCUUAGAGAUUCAUUUUUUCCAUAAUUUACUCACCUUCUUUAGAGGUGAUCCUGUGUUACUUACUUGCAAUUUCUCCUCUGAACUUUAUCAGUCUGUUGCUUCUAAGUGCAAGAUUCUUCAUGGAAGGUUUUCUCCUACUCCAUGGCUAUCUAGUCCUCAUCUUCAAACUGCUUUCUUGAGUUUUUUUGGGGAUUCUCCUAAUUUUGUCUAUAAAAGGCAUCUAUUUCAGGCUAGUGAUGGAGGAACACUUGCUUUGGAUUGGCUAAUGUAUUCUGAUAUUGCUGAACAAGGUGUUUCCUGCAAGAAUGAUGCUGGUCUCCAAGAUGAUAAAGCUCCAAUUGUGGUAGUGGUUCCUGGCUUAACUAGUGAUUCUGCUGCUGCUUAUAUAAAGCAUCUUGCUUUCACUAUGGCAAGGCAGGGUUGGAACGUUGUUGUAAGCAAUCAUCGGGGAUUGGGAGGCAUAUCACUUACUUCUGAUUGCUUCUAUAAUGCUGGGUGGACAGAGGACUUACGAAGUAUCAUUGAUCACAUUCAUUGUCAAUAUCCAGAAGCUCCUCUAUAUGCUGUUGGGACUAGCAUUGGUGCCAAUAUUUUGGUAAAAUAUCUUGGAGAGCAUGGGGUUGAUAUUCCUCUAACUGGCGCUGCUGCUGUCUGCUCUCCUUGGGAUCUUUUGAUAUGUGACAGGUUCAUCAACCGCAGAUGUGUGCAGAAAUUCUAUGACAGAAAGCUAGCUGUUGGCCUUCAAGAUUAUGCGCAGUUGCAUCAUUCCAUCUUGUCUCGUCUAAUAGAUUGGGAGAACAUCAAGCUGUCACGUUCAGUUAGGGACUUUGACAAGCAUGCUACCCGAAUUCUUGCAAAGUGUGAGACUGUGGAUACAUAUUACAGGCGUUCUAGUUGUGUGAAUGUUGUGGGUAAUGUAUCAGUACCUCUUAUCUGCGUGAGUGCCCUUGAUGAUCCAGUAUGUACAAGGGAAGCCAUCCCAUGGGAUGAAUGUAGGGCAAAUGAGAACAUUAUCCUGGUUACCACAAAGCAUGGAGGGCAUCUCGCUUAUUACGAGGGGAUAACUGCGAAAAGCAUGUGGUGGGUGAGAGCUGUUGAUGAGUUCCUUCAUGUCCUUCACUCUAGUCCAUUGAAAAACAGAAGAAAGAAGGUGGAAGGGUCCAACUUGUCUAUGCUGUUUGAAUCUUCAGUUGAUCAGGGGCCCUACGUGAAUGUCAUGGAAGAUGGACUGGUUACUACAAUAGGCAACACAUUAGACAAUGAAGCAGAAGAGACAAGCCAUGAAAAUGAAGAUGAUGUUAAGAAGGGUGAAGAACACAUUCCUGAAACAGAAAAGAGUGAUCACAAGACAGUGAAAACACAUUCCAGUAUUGAUCUCAAGCAGCCAUCCGAUCAAAAUCAAAAUGAUCUCAUUACUCCUGUAAAAAGAUACACGAGUCAGCUCGCCCGACACAGUAGGAUCUCAGUCUGGCUGCUGGCAUACAUUGCUAUAGCAACAACUUGGCCGCUGGUGGGUUCAGCUCUUCUAUUGUUCAUCAAGAGAAAGUUCAGAAACAUCAAUUUUCCGGCAGCAUUGCUCAGAAGGUAACAGACGCAAUCAUAGUUAUUAAGGAUAUACGUUUUAGACAUUCUUGGUGGAUUACAACCAUGUGAUCGCUUGAUCCAAAUAAUGGUUUAUUUUAUUAGAUAAACCAUUUUCAUUAAGAUAAUAAAGAUACUACAUGUAAUCAUAAUUAUUUGAUAUAAAUUAUACACUUUUGAUGGAAA